AUGUCUUCUUUGCCAGUCCAACUUGCUUUUUGGCUCCUCGUUGCCACCAGCUGUCUUUCUAGCGCAGUUAUCCAGCGCCGUGCAGUCAUCUCUUCCGAUGCCGUCGUAGGCUUUGCACAGACGGUUCCAGAUGGCCUGCUCGGAACGUUGUAUCUCAAGUACAAGCCGUAUCUCUACGUUGUCAACGGUUGCGUUCCGUUCCCCGCUGUUGAUGCGGAGGGAAAUACGAACGGAGGCUUGGCGCCGACGGGCGCCUCGGAUGGCGAUUGUAGCAGCAGCACCGGGCAGGUCUAUUCACGCGCUGCCGCGUAUAAUGACGCUUAUGCGGUCAUGUACGCCUGGUACUGGCCCAAAGACGAGCCUUCAGAUGGCAUCGGUCACCGUCAUGACUGGGAAGGCAUCGUCGUCUGGCUCUCCUCCAAUUCAACCUCAGCGACGCUGCUUGGCGUCGCGGCCUCGGCUCACGGCGACUUCAGCACGGAAACGGACCCAGCAAUCAGUGGCAGUGGGCCUCUGAUUCGUUAUCAAAGCGAGUGGCCGUUGGAUCAUUCGCUGGGCUUUACGUCGACGGUGGGCGGGCAGCAGCCGCUGAUUGCGUGGGAGUCGCUGACCGAUGCGGCGAGAACGGCGCUUGAGAAUACGGAUUUUGGGUCCGCGAACGUGCCGUUCAAGGAUGCAAAUUUCGCGAAUAAUUUGGAAAAGGCGAUACUUUGA